AUAGAGUGUUAGGUUAUCCGGUUAAAUUUUUAGUGGUCAUAGUGAAAGUAACUAUAAUUAUAGUAAAAUGUCAGUGAUACCGCUUGAAUCCAAUCCUGAAGUGAUUAAUAAGUUCUUACUGAACAUAGGCGUGCCAGAGAAAUGGCAAGUUACCGAUGUUUACGGGUUGGAUGAUGAUAUGUUGGCUGUCGUGCCGCAACCAAUUGUUUCUCUGAUGCUCUUAUUUCCCACUUCAAAGAAUUACGAAGAUCAUUGUGUAAAAGAGAAUGCAAACAUUGAAGAAAAGGGACAGAAAACUUCCUCAAAUGUAUAUUACAUGAAACAAUACCUGCAUAACGCGUGUGGAACUGUAGCUAUUAUACACAGUGUGGCAAAUAACCUGGGUAAAAUUCAGCUAACGGAUGGCUGCCUCAAAGACUUCUUGUAUAGUUCUACAAAUUUAUCUCCUGAAGAACGUGGAGAACUGUUACAAAAGCAUGAAGGGAUCUUGGAAGCUCACAAGGCAGUAGCCAGCGAAGGUCAGACAAGUGCACCUCAAUCAGACGAAGAGGUGGAUUACCACUUUAUAGCUUUUGUCUGUAGGGAUGGAGAACUUUAUGAAUUGGAUGGUGAAAGGCCAUUUCCAAUUGCUCGUGGACCCUCUUCACCAGAAACUUUGUUAAAAGAUGCUGCGCAAGUUGUCAAACAGUUCAUGGCAAGAGAUCCUGACAAUGUUCGCUUCUCAUUAAUGGCCCUCACAUCUUCUAGUGAUUAAUUGCUGUAUUGCACCAUGUUCAAAAUCUUGAUUUCACUGAGUUGCCACACGAAUGCUCAAAGCAGCCCUCCCUCGUCAGCCAGAGACCACCACUGUGAUCUGAUCGGACCGCCACACCCUGUGUCUAACCUGCGACCCUUCCACUUUUAUAUUCCUGAUAAUGAGAGCCCCAUCGAGACACAGUUCAGGUUAAAACGCCAGGAAGUGCAGCAGUGGAAUCAGGACUUUUGGACAGAACAGAAUAUUAAAUUUGUCAAUGAACGGAAAGAGUUCAUGGCAACCCACCAAAGAGAGGGAGAUUCUUCACUCAGCGCUGACGAGAUGUCAGUGUUCUACAAAGCCUUUCUGGACAAGAACUGGAAGACACACAUGGAGUAUAACCUGGAUUGGUACCGAAGGAACGCGCAGUUGAUCCUUCUCCACUUGCGGGUCAAGGUGGCUCGGCUGCUACGCCCACACAGGGCUGUCCGAGAAGCACAGAAGUGAUUCUUUUGGCACGAAUUUCUUAUUUGCGUAGUAAUUACUCGUACCUGAAAGUAGGGAUCGGUGGGGACCCUGAUUUCUCGUGGUUAGCACAAAAUUACCUAAUAUCUGAUCUGUAGCAAAUAAGUCUUGAGCGUUAUUUUGGGCAUUUAAACAAUUAAAUAGAUAUAAUUUAUUUAUACAACGCAAAAAUGUUGUUCAGUUUACAAAGUAGUCAAUAAAUUUUCUGUAGCAACAUCGUACCUCAGUUCGUUUAGCAUCCAUCCUUAAUAUUUAACAAAAUAAAUAUUUAAAGCAUAAUGCUGCCAUUUUGAGUAAAAAUUUUUAUUCAGAGUACCUUGUGAAAGUUAAACCAAAUACUGUUAUCAAUAUAUCAAAUGUAAUUGUAUAAUACAAUCAGUAUCAGUGUAUGUGUGACGAUAAGAUACCUUAAAUAGUUGUUUUAUUGUGAAAAUUGUAAAUAGACAGUGAAAUAAAUUAUUUUUAUUUGGG